AUGGCGAAGGCCGCAACAGCAGCAGCAGCGGCGCCUCUCCACAGCGGCCUCCCGGACGAGAUCGCCAUCUGGGAGAUCCUCGUCCGCCUGCCCCCCAAAUCGCUCCUCCGCUGUCGCGCCGUCUGCCGCGCCUGGCGCAGCGCCACCUCCGCCCGCGACUUCCUCCUCGCCCACCACGCCCGCCAGCCCGCCCUCCCCCUCGCCUGCGGCCUGGAAGACGACGGUGGCAGCUGCUACUACCUGGCGGCCCAGCACCAGCCCGUCGCCCGGCUUGCCAAGGCCUUCUAUCUGUGCGCCUCCUGCGACGGCCUCCUCCUCCUCUCCAAGCGCAACCAGCUCUCCAUCUGCAACCCGGCCACUCGUCAGUAUGCUCCCCUGCCGGCGAGUUCUGCCUUCAUUCCGUUGGGAAUGUACCGGCACCGCCCCACAGGCGAGUACCGAAUACUGCUGUACAAGGAAAUUGGUCUUCCAGCGACCGACGGGCAAGAUGCCUGCCACAUCUUCGCAUUGGGCUCUGUCCAGCCGCCGAGGAGCAUCGGGUCGCUGCAGGAGGCGGAGCAACUGAGGUUCAGCGGGGUACCUGUCCCGUUCCGCGGUAACCUGCAUUGGCACCUGAAUAAGCAUUGGUACCUACAAAAGUAUUGGUACUUGCCCGAGAAUCAUGAGAGCAGAAGCAACAUUAUAAUUGUAUUCGACACCACAGCCGAGAGGUUUCGUGAGAUGUGUGCUCCGGUUGUUCCUGACCACCAUAAACUGUUUGAGAUGGAUGGCAUGCUCGGCAUGUCCAGCUUUAACAAUACAUGGCCAAUCAUUGAUGUCUGGAUGAUGCAGGAGCAGGACUAUGAAAGUGAGGUCUGGACCUUGAAAUACCGAGUUGAAUUGUCCAAUGCAGAUCUUCUCCUUGUGCAGUUUGGUCAGUUUGUCGAUUAUUGGAAUGUGGUGGUCGCCUCUUGUGAUGGCGCUGUGCUUGUGCUGGUCAAGUUUGGCAAGUCUAUACUUCAGUUUGAUAUUGAUGGCAAGUUGGUCAGUUUUCAUCACAAAGACCUCUUAGUUACUCAACAUCGGCUCAAGCAAACUCUUGUUCCACAUACCUUCUUUCCGAGACUAGAUGGUCAUUCCGUGAAUGCUUGGCCUUUCAUCUGA